AUGGUUUCGAAAUACUUGCAACUGCUUACCCUACUCUUAGGCAUUCCAAAGUCUUUGAAUAGGGCUAGUUUCGGUACCUCGGCUCAAUCAGCCUUACCGUCACAGCGGAAUGGUUGUUUGGCCAAUGGCUGUGCUGCCCUCCUCGACUCGUCCUACCGGGAGCUUGAUGAGCCGUCAACACAGGCCUGGCAGAGGUCGAGCUCCGGCUCCUCCACCCCGACGUCUCGGACACUGGCGUCCAGUCGGCCGGGCGUAUGUUGUAUCCCAGUGCCCCUGUGCCAGGUGAUAAGGCCACUAGGAUGCACCGACAAGCCAAGGAAGAUGGGCGGAAAGCGCAAAUCACCUCGGUCUGUCGUUUGCCUCCAGGCUAGCCGAGCCUGUACAGACAUGGGCACAUGCAAUCGCCUCUCUAGCCUUGUCGCUUAA